AUGUCGAUAAAUUCCAUCGAAAAUUUCUCUAAUGAAUUUUUCUAUGAAAUUUUCGAUUAUCUUGAUGCUUGUGAAAUUUAUUAUGCUUUUUCAAAUCUUAAUUAUCGUUUUCAACAAUUAAUUAAUUCUUCAUCACUUCUAUUAAAAUUAACAUUUAAUUAUUCACAAUUACAAGAAAUAUUUAUGAAUAAUUAUCAACAAAUUUUACAUUUUAAUAAAAAUCAAAUAUUUUCAAUUCAUUUAUGGAUAUCAGAAAAUACUAAUCAAAUUAUUUCAUCAUUUACCAUUGAUUCAUCAUUUAAUUGUCUUGAAUCUCUUAUUUUUGAUUCAAUUGAACCAGAUAUAUUAAUUUCACUUCUUCCAAAAUUAAUUUGUUUACCUCGUCUUUUCUCAUUAAUAAUUGAUACAUGUUCUAUAGAAAAAGAUCUAGGAGAUAUCUAUCGAUUAAUUUUCAAUCUACCAAAAUUAAAAUAUAUCAAAUAUACAGCAAUAGAAUCUAAUGAUUUUGAUAUAAAGAUCUCAUUACCAAUUGCUACUAAUGAACAAAUAAGUUCUAUUGAACAUCUUAUUAUGGAUCAUCCUUGUGCUUUGGACGAACUUUUUGUUAUAAUAUCUUAUACGCCUCAUCUUCGUCAUUUAAAAUUUUUAAGUCUUACCGAUCGAAAUGUAAAUAUUAAAAAUAUUAAACCAAUAAAAUUACCAAAUUUAACACAUCUUUCUAUUCAUAUAUAUAGAAAAAUGUCAUUUAAUGUACUUGAUACAUUCAUUAGUAAAUUAAAUUCGAAAAUAAAAAUUUUAUCAUUGACAACAUUAGUUGAAGAUAUUACUUAUCUUGAUGCUAAUCGAUGGGAAAAAUUUAUUUUAACAAAAUUACCUCAAUUAGAAAAAUUCUAUUUUAAAUAUAGUGCAUAUUUUGAAGAAAAUUAUGAAACUCCAAUGUAUUUUGGACAAUGUGAUCAAUUUAUUUCAUCAUUUUGGCUUCAACGACAAUGGAUAUUAGAAACUGAAAUUGAAUUUGAAAAUAUUAUUUAUUCAAUUAGUCCAUACAAAAAAAGAUGGUAUGAAUAUGAUACACAACAUAAUAUGAUUAAUUCUUCUGAUCAAUUAUCUAAAUCUAUUCGACUUAGUCUAGAUGAAGUACGUCCUGAACAAUGGACGAAGACAAUAUUCAUAGAUGAUUAUAUUAAUCAUAUUUUAACUGUAACACAAAUUUAUCAUUUAGAAAUUCAUGUUAAAAUUUUUACUGAUAAAUUAAUGGAAAUUUUACAUUUAUUAUCUGAAAUUAAAACAUUAAAAAUUUAUUCUUUACCAAUUUUACAACAAGGAGAUUUAUCCGAAGAAGAAAUUGAAUUUCUUUGUGUUCUAUUACCUAAAAAUCAAAUUACAAAAAUUUGUUUUCAACAUAUGAAAGAUAUGGAUGAACUUUAUAUGUUAACUUUAAUUUGUUCACGUAUUAAUCAUCUUCAAAUCAAAUGUAUUGAUUAUAUGCAUGCUGAAUUAUUAACAGGACUUAUUUUAACACAAAUUAAGGGCAUAUCUAAAUCUUCACUUCGAUUAUUAUGUUUUUCUAUACCAGAAGCACAUGAUGAAAUGUGCGAAAAAUUAGAAAAAAUGAUUGAUGUUGAAAAUUUACAUUUUGAUUUUAUGAUUAAACAUGUUAUGGAUAAAAUUUAUUUACAAUGGAAAUGA